AUGCCGCCAUUCUGGUCGAGCACGACCUCGAAGGCUGUGGGGUCCUUACUGUCCCGUAGAAUCGGCCCGAGGCAUCUGAUCCGGUCCGGCCGGAAAUACGACCCGGUUCGAUGCUUUAGUAACAUAGCGGGCAUAGAAACCCCAUCGUCGAUCCACAAGUGGACUGAAGAUUCCCGACUGGAUUAUAAUUAUAGGUCACGGAGGCAAUUUCUCGGCUGCGGCGACGGUGAAGAAGGCGGUGUUUUAUCCAAAGUUUAUGAGGAGAAGCGCGUCUUGGGGUAUUCUCCAGAGCAAUUGUUCGAUGUGGUUGCUGCUGUAGACUUGUAUCAUGGUUUUGUCCCCUGGUGUCAGCGGUCCGACAUAAUCAAAACCUUUCCGGAUGGAUCAUUUGAUGCUGAGCUGGAGAUUGGUUUUAAAUUUCUGGUCGAAAGUUACGUUUCCCAUGUCGAAUUAGAGAGAGCAAAGCGUAUAAAGACCACUGUGUCAAAUAGUUCCCUUUUCGAUCAUCUGAUAAACAUCUGGGAAUUCAAUCCGGGACCUGUUCCUGGAUCUUGCAACCUUUAUUUCUUGGUGGAUUUCAAGUUCCAAUCGCCAAUUUACCGACAGGUGGCAUCUGUGUUCUUUAAGGAGGUGGUCUCUAAGCUUGUUGGUUCAUUUAACGAGCGAUGCCGUUUGAUAUAUGGACCAGGAGUUCCAAUUCAUGAACAUACAUAUGGACAAAGGGCAUGA